AACAGUAUUGGUGAUGCUUCGUACAGCAAGAGUUUUGACAUUGCGAGUCAUGACAAUCUAUACACCUUGAAGGGCCUCACACCAUAUACUGAGUACAAAGUAUAUGUGACAGUAACGAAUAACGGAAAUUCCAAUCCAGAAAGUUCCCCUAGUAACAUGAUUGUAGUGCGCACACUGGCAACUUCUCCUCAGACACCAGACAAAUCUUUACCUAAUGAUGUUGCAUCAACAUCAACUGUAGUAUUUGUACCUCCUACUGUGAAUGAUGAAAAUGGUCCAAUAGAGUAUGUUUUGACUUUUCAUUGUUUUGUGAAUGUUUUAAAUGUGACAAUACUUUAGAUAUGUUGAUAUUAUUGUUUAUGAGGGUACCACUGGAUCUAAUGCUUCUUCUGUAUCUGAUGUACCACGUACUGUUGGACCGUAUGAGCAAGAGGGCACAGACAACACAUGGUAUGUAACAGCUCGAUACAGUUACAUGAUGUACAAACAGAACAUAGAAGGGAUGCAGUUUACCGUUGGAAAUGAUUCAACGUCUGGUGAAAACAAUGAGUACAAAAAUGUUCCACUUAAGUCUGAUUCGACUUACUUUAUAUAUAUUCGUGUGGUUGCAAUAUUGGAUAAUGGAAGUGGGAUGAAAGAAACAGCAAUUGGUAAACCACUAAGAGUUAUGACAAAGGGAGAAGAUUUACCAUCAAAGGGAGGAUCAUCUGUGUUGAUCGUCGCAGUUGCUGUUACACUAAGUGUCAUCAUUCUUGUGCUAAUCAUCACACUUUUUGUUUUUCUGAAGAAUAAGUACAGGUGUGUUAGAAAAGAGAUGACAUUGGAGCCUGUGACAUAUGAUAGCGUCAUUAUCAAUCCUAAAGUAACAUCUGGAACAAGUGAAUGUUUGGAUACAAGCACUGAGAUAAUGACAGUUAAUAGCUUAUACACUUCUACAGGUGCAGGCAGCAGUUAUGGAUCACAUGGAUAUGUAGAGGUUAAAGCUGUUGCAGUUGAUCAAGACAGGAAGAAUGAGGAACCAUUGUAUGAGAGUAUGGAUGGCGAAUGGACACUUUGAUCUCAAUGUAAUAAAAGAGAACUUUUUGAUAACGAUCUGUGGCUUUUUGGCAUUUAAAAUGCCUUUCUUAGUGCUUCCGUGUGUUGUAUGUUGUAGCUAAAGGGUUAGCUAGAAGUAAGAAUAAUAAUUGACUUUGAAUUGUUUGGGA